AUGUUAAACUCUCAACUUACAUUACAUCAACCAUGUCCAAUCUCAUCCAAGGGACCUGCACCACACAAACUGCACAACACUCACUUGCAAGUAAUGUCUCCAUUUCACAAGAAACCACUUGGUGCAGUUGAUCCAUUCUUGAAUCCAAUCGCAAUAAAAUCUGCUAAAUUUGCAGAAUCCGUUAAAUCUAUUAGUCAAUCUGACACUGCUGCACACCCAUCCGCAAGCUCAGAUUCUAAACAAGUCACAGAUAUUCCAUUCCCAAACGUACUUACCCGUCAUAUGAUUCAACCUAUCACAGCUCUAGCUCAAGGCACACCGAUUGGCAAGAUUAUUGGUUUCAAAAUCACUUCCAAGGGCAGAAAGGGUCCGCGAUCGGUCAAACAAUCUGUCGAUUAUGGCAAACUUGAAGCUGGUUCCAUUGCAAAUGUCGGUGGUGUGUAUGUGGAUUAUGGUAAAUCAUUUUAUGUGGACAAGAAGGGAUCAACUGGAAUCAAGGUUUGGAUCACCUAUGGUUCAAAUUAG